GGGGAGGGGACCGCUGUCGGAUCGCCUCCCCUGAGCGAUGGCUCAGCUGCUGUGGUAACGGGAGAGGGAAGGAGCGGCCGGCGGACGCUGCCCGGGAUAUGUCGGCUCCCCCGCCCCGGCGGGACAGGCAGAUGUUGAAGUGAGUGGGCUGUGUGGUACUAAUGCACCAUGUAUUCUGAGUGGCGGUCUUUGCAACUCAUCAUCCAGAGUGACAGAGGUCACAUGAGCGUUCUGCACAGUUAUCCCAGCAAUGUUGGUAAAGAUGUGGCUCAUGCUGUGGUCCGUCCUCUGGGACAGGGACUGAACAGUUCUUCUGCAACGAGCAAUGAAAGCAUUCUAAAAACCGACAAAGAGGUAAAAUGGACCAUGGAGGUGCUCUGUUAUGGACUGACUCUGCCUCUGGAUGGAGAAACGGUCAAACUGUGUGUGGAUGUUUAUACUGACUGGAUCAUGGCUUUGGUGGCUCGCCGUGACUCUAUCCCUCAGCCCAUUAUCAAAGAACCAAAUUUAUAUGUGCAAACUAUUCUCAAACACCUACAGAAUUUGUUUGUUCCCCGACUAGAGUAUGCUCAUAACCAGAUCACACUGUGCCUGCGAGUUUUAGCAGCAGUCCAGAAGUUAGCACGUGAAUCCGCCAACAUGUCAAGGGAAACAUGGGAAGUAUUAUUGCUUUUCCUACUGCAGAUUAAUGACACUCUUCUGGCAGCUCCGACAGUUCCAGGAGGACUAGCAGAAAAUCUUGCUGAUAAGUUAAUUGGUGUACUCUUUGAAGUUUGGUUCCUGGCUUGUACCCGAUGUUUCCCUACACCACCAUACUGGAAAACUGCUCGAGAAAUGUUGGCCAACUGGAGGCAUCACCCGGCUGUGGUAGAACAGUGGAGUAAAGUCAUCUGUGCACUGACCUCCAGGUUAUUGCGGUUUACCUAUGGUCCCUCAUUCCCUCCAUUCAAAGUUCCAGAUGAAGAUGCAAUCCUGAUUCCAGCAGAAAUGGACAAUGACUGUAUUUCACAGACUUGGUUUCGUAUUUUGCACAUGCUUAGCAACCCAGUGGAUCUGAGUAACCCAGCCAUAAUAAGCACCACACCAAAAUUCCAGGAGCAGCUUUUGAGUGUCAGUGGGAUGGCACAGGAAAUGAUGCAACAUCCGUGCCUUAAACAACUGCCUCAAAUCUUCUUCCGAGCCAUGCGUGGUAUCAGCUGCCUGGUGGAUGCCUUUCUAGGUAUUUCCCGACCUCGUUCAGAUAGUGCCCCUCCUACUCCAGUCAAUAGGCUAAACAUGCCGCAAGCAAGCAGUACCAUGAACACAACACCCCCUCGGAGAAUGCGGUCUGUCACCGUUACAAAGGCAACUGUUAAAACAAGUUCAGGAAGCACUGCACACCCUCCCAAAGUCACUCAUCAGACAUCCACCACUUCUCCAUUGUCCAGCCCGAAUCAAACCAGCUCAGAACCAAGACCACUACCUGCUCCAACUCGACCCAAGGUCAACAGUGUGCUGAAUCUGUUUGGUCAGUGGUUGUUCGAUGCAGGACUAGUUCACUGCAGACUGCACAAUGGCAUGAACAGGGAUGGCAGUAUGACAGCAUCUUUUAUCCAAAUUCUUCUUUCUUAUAAAUCUUGUAUUACAACUCCAGCGGGACUGGAUGUCCGACGGAAACCCUCCCAGAUAUCCACUGAAAAUAUGGUUGCCAAUCCACUUUUCGAUGCUAAUGAAUUCCCAGAUAACUAUGAAGCAGGGAGAGCUGAGGCCUGUGGAACACUCUGCCGAAUCUUCUGCAGUAAAAAGACUGGGGAGGAGAUCCUUCCGGUGUACCUGUCCAGGUUCUAUAUGGUGCUGAUCCAGGGACUACAGAUAAAUGAUUAUAUUUGCCGCCCGGUUUUGGCUAGCAUCAUCCUGAACUCUCCUGCUUUGUUUUGCUGCGAUCUGAAAGGCAUUGAUAUUCUAGUUCCUUACUUCAUUUCAGCACUAGAAACAAUAUUGCCUGACCGCGAGCUUUCAAAAUUCAAAGCAUACGUGAAUCCCACUGAACUUAGGAGAGCAUCAAUCCACAUUCUACUGUCCAUGCUGCCUCUCCCCCAUCACUUUGGGACCGUUAAAGCAGAGGUGCUUUUGGAAGGAAAGUUCAGCAACGAGGAUUCCUCAUUGCAUGACAAGCCAGUUACCUUUCUCUCCCUGAAAUUGAGGCUUGUCAAUGUGUUAAUUGGUGCCCUACAGACUGAAACCGAUCCUAACAACACACAGAUGAUUCUAGGUGCCAUGUUAAAUAUUGUUCAAGAUUCUGCUCUUUUGGAAGCAAUUGGUUCUCAAAUGGAGUUGAGUGUUGGUGAUAGCACUCACGUGUCGCUCAAGAGUCAUAGUCGAAACAGCAGUGGAAUCAGUAUGACCAGCACUGGCAGCUCUGAAGCCACAACACCAGAUAGCGAAAGACCAGCACAGGCCCUUCUGCGGGAUUAUGGUUGCACAGCUCUUCAUACAGAUACAGCAUCGGGACUACUGAUUCGCAGUAUCCAUUUGGUAACGCAGAGACUGAACUCUCAGUGGAGACAGGACAUGAGCAUCUCAUUGGCAGCACUUGAAUUGCUCUCCGGGUUAGCCAAGGUGAAGGUGAGCGUGGAUUCAACGGACCGAAAGCGUGCAGUUAGUUCGGUGUGCAGUUACAUUGUGCACCAGUGUAGCAGACCUGCCCCAUUUCAUUCCCGUGAUCUACACUCCAUGAUUGUGGCAGCUUUCCAGUGUCUCUGUGCCUGGCUCACAGAACAUCCAGAUAUGCUAAAUGAAAAGGACUGUCUGAUAGAGGUGUUGGAGAUUGUGGAGCUGGGUAUCUCAGGAAGCAAGUCUAAAAGCAGUGAUCAGGAGGUGCGAUACAAGGGAGAUAAGGAACCGAACCCUGCUUCAAUGAGAGUGAAGGAUGCUGCUGAGGCUACACUCACCUGCAUAAUGCAGUUGCUUGGAGCAUUCCCCUCUCCCAGUGGCCCCGCCUCACCAUGCAGUCUUCUCAACGAAGAGACACUAAUCAAAUACUCCAGGUUGACCUCAACCAGCAAGAACCAUUUCCGAUACUUUGUCUUGGACAACAGUAUCAUUUUAGCAAUGUUGGAACAGCCCCUGGGCAAUGAUCAGAAUCCUUGCCCCUCAGUUACUGUCCUGAUCCGGGGAAUGUCUGGGAGGCACGCGUGGACCAUGCAACUCUAUCACCAGCCAAGGGGGUCUCGAGCAAGCCAGAAGGCAUUUGUUCCGGAGCCUCAUCCUCCUCCUAAAGAUGACGUGGGAAUCAAGUACAAUGUCAAACAUCGGCCAUUCCCUGAGGAAGUAGACAAAAUUCCAUUUGUGAAAGCUGAUCUUAGCAUUCCUGAUCUGCAUGAGAUUGUUACUGAUCAGCUGGAAGUUCAACAUGAGAAACUGAAGAACUUAAUGGCCAAACAAAUUCUCUAUGAAAAUGCACUGGAAAAGAUCAGUGAAGAGAGACUAUCCAAGACCUUAUUCCCAGAUCCAGUCACUGAAUGCAUCCCCCCUCCUCCAGCGCAGGAAUUUCAGACUGCUCGGCUUCUCCUUUCACACUUUGGCUUCCUAUCUUUGGAAGCACUGAAGGAGCCAGGUAAUAGUUGCCGUCCUCCUAAUCUUAUUGCACUGGAUUCUACUCUUGCUGGAUUUUUUGAUGAUAUCGGGUACUUGGACUUGCUGCCCAGCAGGCCUUUCGAAACUGUCUUCAUAUUUUACAUGAAACCUGGACAGAAAACUAGCCAAGAGAUUCUCAAGAAUAUGGAAUCCUCCAGUCAUGUGCAGUCUCAUUUCUUGGAAUUUCUCCUGUCAUUGGGAUGGCCGGUGGAUGUUGGGAAACACCCAGGCUGGACUGGACAUGUGUCAACCAGCUGGCUAAUUAACACAUGCAAUGGCGGCGAGGGGAAAGAACAAGAGGAUACAGUGACACCUGAAGACACUGGAGGAGGUAUUUUUAACAGAGAGAAGAAAGCAUUAUAUUAUGCUGAUGCUUUGACUGAAAUUGCCUUCGUCGUUCCCUCUUUUGUGGAGUCAUCCACUGACUCCUCGGAGAGUGGACUCGCAUCGCAGGAGGCAGAGACGCAGAUGGAUCUACUGCCAAGCCUCCUGAAACAAACACCGCUGACCUUGGAGCUCUUUCCAAACCAUUCUGAAAACCUUGGCAACUCCCAAAGGCUGAGUCCUACGCACAAAUCUAAGAAGUUGCCACUUGGUCGAACUGUACCUCCACUGGGCCCUGAAACAAAGGUCAUUGUUGUGUGGGUCGAACGCUUUGAUGACAUAGAGAAUUUUCCUCUGAAUGAUCUUCUGCCAGAGACCAGCACUGGAGUAGAGACCACUACAAAUAGCAGCACAUCCCUCAGGACCACCACGUCAGACAAGGAUGUACCGAUCAUUUUCAUCCAUCCGCUGAAGACUGGUCUCUUCAGAAUAAAAGUUCAAGGAGCUACAGGGAAGUUCAGCAUGGUGAUUCCAUUGGUUGAUGGGAUGGUAGUGAGUCGGCGGGCAUUAGGGUUUUUGGUCCGACAGACAAUUAUAAACAUCUGUCGGAGGAAGAGGCUGGAAAGUGACUCCUACAACCCUCCCCAUGUGAGGAGGAAGCAGAAGAUAGUAGAUAUUGUCCACAAAUACCGCAACAAGCUUCUGGAGCCAGAAUUUUACACUUCACUGUUCCAGGAAGUGGGGCCGAAAUCCCUGAACCCAUAGAUGCACUGAGAUCUAUGCCAAGAGUAUUUAUAAGCUAUUUUACUACUUAGUCAGGCAGUUGGCUGCUGGAAAAUGUGAUGUGAAGCACCGACUGGUAUCCAGAGCUCUGGAAAGCAGUAUACCCCAGCUGGUUCUGUGUAAAUGUGUAUUAAGGACGUAAAGUUGAUUUUUGAGAAAUAUAUAAAAUCCAUUUUAUACUGAACUGCAAGACAGCCUUACUGAACAUAAUUGAAUUUCUGUACGAUACUUGAAAUCUGCAUUAUGUAGUGUAUCUUUGAUCAGCUGCGUGGCAAGCUGUGCAAUACUGCUGUACCCUUAGCUCCCAGACCUUGCACCGAAUCCUGCACGGAUAGACAGUUGUAGAGGAGAAGUGAGUUUGGGGCAGUCUCAAUCCAAAUACUAGUGGAAGUGAUUCCACAGCACAAAAUUGCCCUUACAGUUUAUAGCUAGCACUAAAACAAGAAGGAACGGGGCUAGGGCUUGGAAGAAGGGAGUUAUCUUUUUCAUUUAUCAACCUAGGUCACUGAUUUUCCUUGUUAAGACAACAGGCCACAUGUGGUUGUAACCUUAGUACCAAGCCACAUGAUUCUCCAACAGAAAACCUUUGUCCUGGAGUCACCCUGUGUGAACACAAGGAUAUUCGUAGUGCAGUUAUCAGUUUCAUGCGAUCCCCAACAUUUGCGCAUUACCCAUUGCAGGCAGAGGGCAUCAACUUGCUUUUCAGUCUCCCUGAUGUCCUUCCGGCUAUGAAUAUUCGUGCUGAAAUGACAUCGCACUCUGUACUACUCCAAGAAAGCUAGAAGGAUUGUAAAAAGGAUUAGCAACAUGAGGAAGGGGGAGGUACAAGGGAGUGAAGAAGCCCACACAGGGUACUGAUGGUAACGAUUCUUUCACAGUGUCCCCACUGUGGAGUUCUCCUACAGGUAUGUCUGAACCUCCAGCGCUUGUAGUCAGAGAUUAAUCAUCACUCACCCAACCCAGUUAGUUUGAGUUUGCGUUCUACCAUGGAAGAGCUGUGAUUUCUGUUUUUCUUUUCCCUAAAGCACGCCAGUGCAAUAUCCCCAAGUCACUCUAUGCCCCUAGCAACCAAAUGGGGCCAAAUUCAUGAGACAAUUUCUUACUUCUCAUAACAAAAGCUGAAUUCAGUGUUCACCUGUGAAUUGGCACUUUGCACUGGUUAUGCAUUGGACUUCGUAUGGUACCUGGAAGUUACCCACAUGGGAAUUCUUCCCUGAACAUAGCAAGGCAAGAGCUCUCUCUGCCCAGUACAACUGACUAGGGACAACUUGUACCUCCAGACUGUUCAAUGAAAACCAUUGAUCUAGGUUGUAGUUUAAAAUAAAGUUAUCCUAAAAGUG